CGACAACAUUCACUUCUGUCGUCCGAUUUUCGCAUCAUCCCCCACCACCCGCUCAUGUUCGCAUCGACUCCGUAUCAUUGAGACAUACAAUUCACAUCAAUUACUCAAUCACUCCUUCAAUUGGCCUUGUCUACUUGACUCGAGUCCCUCCAUCAUUCCCAUUCCCAUCUCGACCUUCUCAUUUCCCGUCAUUUCCUCCUCUACACCAGAAGCUCAAACUUUGAGUCCAAGUGCCAUUUCCUACCGUUUCCCCCACCAUCCUGACCACCUUCUUUUCUCUUGCGCCUACGAGUCGCCCUUCAUGAAUCCUGCCUCUUCAUCAUGACUGAUAGUCCUCCUCCAGAAGCCCAGCGCUUUGCUAGUUCGCAGACUCCAGAAAGCCCACGGCCAGUUCAUAUUCCGGAGCCCUCCAAUAUUCCAGUCCUUUUUAACCAGAUGGACCCCGUCUUCAAUGACACUGCCACCUAUAAUAUACCACAUAACCAGACCUUUUCUCCUUACUCAGAUUCUACCCGUGCAGCCAAUGACCCAAAUAAUGAUGAGCAAGAUGCCGUCCAGAGUUUCUUGAGGGGUGCCGAAGAAGAAAAUUCUCGCCUCAACUCGAUCACCACCUUGCCACAAGCCACUGACACGGCCUUCCAGAAUGACUCUGUUGAGUCCAAUCUUGUUCAAGCCCCUGCAAGCUCUUCUACACGUCCGGAUCAUGAAGCAUCAGCCUCGUUUCAGAGCGUCCAUGACCAAGUGCAAUCUACUCAUCAGCCGGAAGUUAAUUCCUCUUCCAUGAAUGAGAACGAGAACAAUCCCACCGCCAAUGGACAUGACGCUCUUGCAUCCCUCGUUGAGAACCUCACACAGCCAUCGUCUUUGGCCCAAUCCGCCCCACAGCCCGAUCAAGGUGGGAUAGACUAUCAGUCUCUACUCGACACAAUCUCCCAAUCUGCUUCUACUGCUCCUGCUGCAGAACCUGUUUCUGCUCCAACCACUGCUUCCUCUAAUGAUCAAACCGCUCAUGCUUUGCCUUCCGUGCCCGGUCUCCCUCCGAAGCCACCCGCACUGGAAAACGGUGUCGAGCCUCAAUAUGCAGUCCAGUCACCCACCGUCGCGGACAGGAUUGCCGGACAGGCCGCGUACCAGCCACCGCAGGCUGCCGAAGUCACAGAAUCUCCGCUGUUCGACGUCAACCAGGUCCAUAUUCCAAACUAUCUCGCCCAAGCUCCUGGUCAGACUCUGCCACAACAGUCCCCAGGUGCUGUUCCAUCCAACAAUUUGUUACAGAGGCCGGAGCCUUCUCGAUCAACGGAUCCACUUGAACGUAAAAUGUCACCAGAGUCCCAGUCAAAGUACGACCAAUUCCUUGAGGAUGAACGCCGCUAUGUUACUGAGGGUAUUUGGGACAAGUUCCCCAACGGUUCGAGAUUAUUUGUUGGUAACUUGCCUAGUGAGAAAGUGACCAAACGUGAUCUGUUCUUCACGUUUCACCAUUACGGUCGUCUGGCACAGAUAUCCAUCAAACAAGCCUAUGGCUUUGUCCAAUAUCUUGAGGCGGCCUCGUGUUCUGCUGCUCUCGCAGCGGAGCAGGGAGUCGAGAUACGUGGCAGAAAGGUGCACCUUGAGAUAUCGAAACCUCAAAAGAACACCAGGAACCAAAAUCAAGGAAACAAACGCCGCCGAUCGCGAUCACCGGAUCGAGCUAACCCAAGACAAAAUGAAAGGUUUGGCCGCAACAGUUUUGACAACUAUAGGGACGACCGGAGUGGCCGAGGCGAGCACCGUCGAUCCCCAUCACCGAGAUCCUAUCGAUCACGAGAUGACCACAGAGGCUCUGCUCAGAGCCCGAGAUUCGGUAGCGCCCGACCUAGAUCCCCGUACGGCGGUGGCUUUCCCUCCCAUGUUCCUCCUGCGUAUGAUGACGAGGCCUCGUUACCAAUUCCACGUCGCGAUCCACGGGAUGUUCCAGAUGUUCAGCUAUUGAUUUUAGAAGCUUCAGUCGCCCAAGGCUUCAUCAACUGGAUCGAGCAAGGAUUUCGUUCCAAAGGCCUCAAGGCUUCGACCAUGUGGCUCAGUCCGCGAUUACCACUCAACGCCGUCGUCAAACGGCAGAUUAUCGAAGGAGUCCAAGCAAUUGUCAAACUAUCACAAGCUGCUCAAUACAACAGCAAAAUACCGCUUCAGGUUUUUGAUCGGAGCGCAGGGCAGUCCAACGUGAACUUCAACGAAUACGCCGAUCUCGACGUCCCUGUUGCAGCAGAUAUUGUCCUUCACGCUCGUCAAAAGGACAGAGGAGCAGCUCCGGCAGCAUUUCCCCAUCAGCCUUAUGGUCAACCACAACAUCCGCCGUCUCCGUAUGGACACUACCCACAAGCGCAAUACCCGUCACAGCCAUCGCAGCCACCGCAGCCGCCCCAGCCGCCCCAGAACUACCCUCAGUAUUCGAAUAACUAUCAAGCUUACAGCCAGCAGCCAACGUAUCAGAAUCAAGGCCAGACGCCAGUCACACCAAACUCGGCAGCUCCUAAUCUACAACAGUUGUUGGCUAACCUCCGACAGCCUGGUGAUCACCAGAAAAUUCCGGGUGGCCAUGAGCGGCCCCCGGCAGACCUCGCAGGUAUCUUGAACAAUGCAGCUCGGCAACCUGGACCACAGUAUGGCAUGGGACAGCCUCCGCAUCAGCAGCAGCACAAUUUUAAUGGAAAUCCCUCUGCAUAUGGCGGAAACACCUCACAGCCACAGCAAAAUGUCCAAAACAUCAUGGAGACUUUGGCAAGAUACAACCGAUAGAUGAUGGAGCAGAGUUACGCAUAGCGUCAUUGGCAUGUUUUACUGGAAGGACCAAGGGAAAAUCUCUGUAUGGCCAUUAUGGGACAAAGCCAUUGCCUUGACACCGUCGGCGUGAAACGUGGCGCGGAUUCUUUGCAUGUUAUAGCCCAGCGAGACGUCACAUCAUUGCAGGAGCUUGUUUGUAUUAUGACCAUAGAUAUGCGUCUUAGAUGUAGAUCUGGUUG